GACACUGCAUAUUGCAACAGAAUCAGGCUAGGGCUUGUGCGAUGGGGAGAGGGAGUAAGUCGGCCUUUGCGUCCUUGUUUGGGCUUAGGAGUAAGAGGACGCAGGAGCAGGAAGAGGAGGAUGCUGCGGCGAGGCGGCAGCAACAGCAGGAGGAGAGGUACCGCCGGGGCACGAGGGUGCGGCCAAGCGACGACGACUACUACUACGGCCGCCACUGGUAUGCCGACCGCGACAUCAACCGCAAGGCCUCCGACUUCAUCGACAGGGUGCACCGUGGGAUGCUCACCAACGACGAGCAAGACCAAAACGAGUAGGCAAUGUUAAGGUGAAUCUGCAUGCAUCCGUGCGUGCAGAUGAAUGCAUGAUUGGUCUUGCUGCUAGCUAGAUCAUCAUGCGGUGCAUCUGGUGAUACAUGAUGUGUGUCUGUGUGUGUGUUCAAUUGUGUGAUUAGUCGGUUUGUUGGUGAUGCUUCAGCGUUUUA